UCCCUGAAGUGAGAGCCACAAAUAGACUUAAAAAAUAUCUUGUGGUCAAUCAUCUGUUUCUCUAUUCUCUGUUUCGUGUUCCACUUCACGAUUGAGAGAACACUUUCCUAAGUUUAUCAAGAACAUUUCUUUUCAAUUUCUCGAUUCUUUCUGGCUCAUUCUCUCAUCUCUGUUUCAUAUCUAAAUUAUUGAUUGAGAAUUCGACUUGUGGAAAUGGCAACAGUUGCAUCAAAUCUCGCUUGUAUCGGAAAAGUAACGAUGUCUAGAGCUAGUUCAAUGGUAGGAUGGAGGUUGCAGAUAAAUUGCAGAAAGAAAGAGAAAGGAAGAGAUCAGAGUCAUUAUCCUUACAAAGUCAUUGAAAUCACUCCUCCUCCUAAAUCUCUCGGCAUUCGUUGCCUUCCUCAUAACCUUCAAUGUGGAGAGAACGUGAUGAUCGAAGGGCAAACGUACACAAUCUCUGCUGUGACUCACCGGUAUCAGCUCCGGAAAGGCAAAUACGAGCCGAGUGAGAGGCGGCUCGAUGUUCUCUCUGCUGCUAGAUACGUUUUAAACCUUUACUUCGACAAUUUGCUCCAAAACUCCUGACAACUUUUAUUUAGCUAAAAAGUUUGGUCUAGAGGAUUUUCAUUGUAUCCAUGAAUGCUUGUGAAUUUGUUAAGCAAUGAUUUGUACUUCUCUUAAUCAUUCCACAUUAUAUCACUGAUAUACCACAAAUUCGUGGUCUUACAUUUUGAAAAUGUUAAUACAUUACUUUUGACAA